ACUUUGAAAGAAGUUAUUUUCACUUCCGGAGGCCACCGCUGGCCCCGCCCACUUCUUGCCGUCCAGCCGUCCCUCCUCUGAGUGUCUCCCCUCUCCUCUCCUCUCCUCUCCUCCUGCCAGCAGCAGACACUUCUCCUCGGCUUUACGUAAAGACAGUCAUUUGCCACCACCACCAUGUCUGCUGGAAACGCUAAGAUUGGCCAGCCUGCCCCAGACUUUAAAGCCACAGCUGUAGUGGACGGACAGUUCAAGGACAUCAAGCUGUCAGACUACAAAGGGAAGUAUCUGAUCUUCUUCUUCUACCCUCUGGACUUCACAUUCGUGUGUCCCACUGAGAUCAUAGCUUUCAGCGACAGGGCCCAGGAGUUCCGCAGUAUCGGCUGCGAGGUCAUCGGCUGCUCCGUAGACUCUCACUUCAGUCACUUGGCAUGGACCAACACACCGAGGAAGCAGGGAGGUCUGGGUACCAUGAAGAUCCCCCUUGUGGCAGACCUCACCAAGACUAUCUCCAGAGACUACGGUGUGCUGAAGGAGGACGACGGCAUCGCAUACAGGGGUCUGUUUGUGAUUGACGACAAGGGCAUCUUGAGGCAGAUCACCAUCAAUGACCUGCCUGUGGGUCGCUCUGUGGACGAGACUCUGCGCCUGGUCCAGGCCUUCCAGCACACUGACAAACACGGAGAAGUGUGCCCCGCUGGCUGGAAACCUGGCAGCGACACCAUCAUCCCCGACGUGGAGAAGAGCAAAGACUUCUUCUCCAAGCAGUAAAUGUGAAGGUCUUCUAGCUGGCUUCCUCGCCGUAGCACUUGCCUUCAGAUGAGAGGUGUCCUUGUGAAGCAGCAUCUCAUGGCGUCCAAUCUAAUGUAUUAAACCCAACAAAAUUGUUAGAUAAAUCUUUUGUUGCGAGUCUUUAUCUUUGUACGGCCAGUGUACAAUUGGUGGAGCGACCUCAUAGUCUCGAGCACUGAAACUAUAGUUGUUUUGUUCCUUUUUUCAGAAAAAAGUAUUGCUAUUUUUCCUUGCUGUAAUUUAAUAAUUUGCUACCAUCUUUAUUAAAACAGUGAGAGAAUUGUGA